AUGGUUCGAGAGAAAAUUAGAGUAUCUACUCGAACACUACAGUGGAAGUGUGUUGAAUCAAGAGUAGACAGUAAGCGCCUUUAUUAUGGACGCUUUAUUCUGUCUCCACUUAUGAAAGGCCAAGCUGAUACAAUAGGCAUUGCGAUGCGAAGAGUUUUGCUUGGAGAAAUAGAGGGAACAUGUAUCACACGUGCAAAAUCUGAGAAAAUACCACAUGAAUAUUCGACCAUAGUAGGUAUUCAAGAAUCAGUACAUGAAAUUUUAAUGAAUUUGAAAGAAAUAGUAUUGAGAAGUAAUCUGUAUGGGACUCGAGACGCAUCUAUUUGUAUCAACGGUCCCGGAUAUGUAACCGCUCAAGACAUCAUUUUACCACCUUCUGUGGAAAUUGUUGAUAAUACGCAACAUAUAGCUAACCUAAUAGAACCCAUUAAUUUGUGUAUUAGAUUACAAAUCGAGAGGAAUCGCGGAUUGUAUAAAAAGACUAAAAACUUUCAAGACGGAAGUUAUCCUAUAGAUGCAGUAUUCAUGCCUGUUCGAAACGCAAAUCAUAGUAUUCAUUCUUAUGUGAAUGGGAAUGAAAAACAAGAAAUACUCUUUCUCGAAAUAUGGACAAAUGGGAGUUUAACUCCUAAAGAAGCGCUUUAUGAAGCCUCCCGUAAUUUGAUUGACCUAUUUAUUCCUUUUUUACAUGCGGGAGCAGAAAACUUGAAAUUAGAAAAAAAUCAACACAAAGUUACUUUACCCGGUUUCACUUUUCAUGAUACAUUGGCUAAACUAAGAAAAAACAAAAAAGAGAUAGAAUUAAAAUCUUUUUUUAUUGACCAAUUAGAAUUGCCUCCCAGGAUCUAUAAUUGUCUCAAAAGGUCCAAUAUACAUACAUUAUUGGACCUUUUUAAUACCAGUCACGAAAACCUUAUGAAAAUAGAAGAUUUUCGGAUAGAAGAUGUAAAACAUAUCUUGGACAUUUUAGAAAUUCGAAAUUGAAAGAAAAGCAUUUUGCAUAAAUUGGAAAUCCAUUAGGUUUUUUUCAUCUUUUUUUUCUUUCUUUUUUAUAAAAAAGAAAGAAAAAAAAGAUGAAAAUAUGGAGUUUGAAUCUUUAUCUUUAGAAAAAUUUAGAAAAAAUCUACAUACUGAGAGUAGGUUCAAAGAUGUAUCUAGAGAGUAGUCCUUUCAAAGUGAAUUCUCCCUAGAUACCCAAUAUAUAUGAGAUUUUAAUUCACAAGUGAAUCAAUUUAAAAGAGACCUAAAGUUAGGGAUUUCUCAAUAGGUAAUGUUGCUCCAACACCCAACCAAAGGGCUACUGCAGUACCAAUCAAAAAGAUGGUUGUUGAUACUGGACGACGAAAUGGGUUUUGGAAUUUAUUAACAU